GCUUUCAAUCCAGUCUAUCGUGGCGGGAUGGGACUUCCUUCCAUCUUGGUUCAGAUUCUUUAGUAAGAAGCCGGCUAAACGAGUGAGUUUAUAUAGAAAAGAAAAAUUUAACAAUAAAUAGCUUAGUUCACAAAGUUGCGAUGCAUUAGCUGGAAAUACGAGAAUAUAAAAUUUAUCCCGGAAUGAAUUAGGUAUGAUGCAUUUAAGUGUAGGCUUUAUCCAUUCUUACUAGUCUAGUAUGAGGGAAUGACGAGUACCACCUAUAGGAAUCUCAUUAUGAAAAUAUACAAUUUAAUUGAAAACUUUGAAGAUUAUGAUAUGUAGUUAUGCUGAUAAAUUUUUCUAGAAUAGCGAAAUUGUUCUUUGAACAAGUUUGUAACGAAGGAAGCAGAGCUUAUGCGCGACAGUUUGUAAAUAAUAAAGUGCUUUAUAAGACGAUGGCCGUGUCUAGUCGAGCUGUAGUUUACUCUGAUGUUAAUUCCCAUAAACCAAGAGAAUAUUGGGACUACGAAAGUUAUGUUGUCGAUUGGGGCCAGCAAGAUGAUUAUCAAUUGGUAAGAAAGCUAGGUAGAGGAAAAUAUAGUGAAGUAUUUGAAGCUAUCAAUGUAACAAAUAAUGAAAAAUGUGUAGUAAAAAUAUUAAAGCCUGUAAAAAAGAAGAAAAUUAAAAGAGAAAUAAAAAUUUUAGAAAAUUUGAGGGGAGGUACAAACAUUAUAACCUUAGAAGCUGUUGUUAAAGAUCCUGUAUCUAGGACUCCUGCUUUAAUAUUUGAACAUGUGAAUAAUACUGAUUUUAAGCAGCUUUAUCAAACUCUUACUGAUUUUGACAUUCGUUAUUACUUGUAUGAAUUACUUAAAGCUUUGGAUUACUGUCACAGUAUGGGUAUUAUGCAUAGGGAUGUGAAACCACAUAAUGUGAUGAUAGAUCAUGAAAAUAGAAAAUUGCGACUAAUAGAUUGGGGUUUAGCAGAAUUUUAUCACCCUGGACAAGAAUAUAAUGUUAGGGUAGCUUCGAGGUAUUUUAAGGGUCCUGAACUUUUAGUAGACUAUCAGAUGUAUGACUAUUCCCUAGAUAUGUGGUCUUUGGGUUGUAUGUUAGCAUCAAUGAUUUUCAGAAAGGAACCAUUUUUCCAUGGUCAUGAUAAUUAUGACCAAUUAGUUCGUAUAGUAAAAGUUCUAGGAACAGAAGAGCUCUUUGAAUAUCUGGAUAAAUAUCAUAUAGACUUAGACCCUAGAUUCAAUGACAUUUUAGGAAGACAUUCGCGAAAGAGAUGGGAGCGUUUUGUUCAUAGCGAAAACCAGCAUUUAGUAUCACCAGAAGCGCUAGAUUUUUUGGAUAAACUUUUACGUUAUGAUCAUUUAGAACGCCUUACUGCCCGAGAUGCAAUGGAUCACUCGUAUUUCUAUCCUGUGGUGAAAGAGCAGUGCAGAAUGCUGUCAACAGUGUCGUCAUCACCAACUCCACUAACAGGUGUUGGCGAAUAGCAUGCAAAUAAUAAGUGAAAAAUCCCUAUCAUUUCAUGUGCUGUCAUAUUUGCCAUACACCAUUCAGUAACUUUUUCCAAACUUGAUAUGAUUUUCUCUAUUUGGUCGUGAUGUUACACAGGUAUUUCCAUUUUGUAUAAAACUGAGUAAAAAAACUUUGUUUUCUAUAUAUAUUUUUUGAGAAUAAUUUCAAAUGACUGGCGUUUUGUGCGUUGUUUUGAAUUUUCUCAAAUUUCUGGUUCCAGAAAAAAUAAACUAAGGUUAGAAAAUAGUUGUUACCAUUUUACUAACGAAAGUUAUUUGAAAUUGUCAUUUCCUCUGGGUAUUAAUUGUUUAAAGGAUUGUAUAAAUAUUAUUUACUUGAACUUUUUAAGUACACAGAUGUAAGAAUUAUUAGCAGCUAAAAUUCCAAUUAAUAUGUACCUUUAAUGCAUUUAUACUGACACAGGAAAAACGUUAAUCAAACGUUCGUUGAACCAUUUAUUCAUUCAAUUAUUUUUUGUAUAUAUGUAGCUUUAUUUUCAAAGGCAAACUUGUUUAAUUUGGUAACUGAAAAUAAUGUUUCUUGAGAAUCUAUGCAUAUAUACAAAAUUAAUUUAAAAUAUUUUUAGUUUCCAUCUCAAUUAGUAUUAUGUUAUUGAAAAAGCCACAUAUACAAUUUCAAAUAAUUGUGAUAACCUCAGUACUUCAAUUAAUUUACUAAGCCCAAGCCAAAUAAAGUAAAAUUUGAUAAAAAGUUCAUAACUUAGCAUCCACUCUUUCUAAAUUUUUUAUUUGGAAAUUUUUAUUUAGAUCAGGGGUCUUCAAACUACAAACCGCAGGCCAGAUCUGGUCCGCCAGUGCCAUCAAUACGACUCGCGACAGAUUAAGACUGUCAUCAAUCUGGCCAGUGACAGCCAAUGUUUUACUGCUGUUAUUAAGUUUAAUAGAAGAGAAUGAAAUAACAGACUGACAAUUACUCGGUUUUAUUUACUUGCAAGGUAAAACUUUGAUGACACAGAAAACUCAAUUAAAGUAUCUAAGCUUAAGUAUAUUUAUAACUUACAAAUAUGAAAUUAGUCUCAACUAAUAAAUCAAAAACAAAAAAAAACUAAUGAUAUUCAUUUUACUUGUACCAAUUAUUUAAAGAGAUUUAAGAUGCUUAUCGGUCAAUUUAGAUCUCUCAACGUUCUUUGUGCACUUCAUAUUGUAAAACAUUUUCUCACAAGUACGCAGUACCAAACACAGAAAACAACCCACGAGCAAACAUAUGCAAAUUCUUAAAUUGUACCAGGGAAAGACUUAUAAAAUUCCAACGAUGAAUUCUGAUAUUUGUUCUUAAACAUAUCACUGCUCUGCAAUUCAAUAAUUUCCAUUUGGAGUUCCAGAGUCAAGGUUUCAAUGUCACAAACAAAAGGAUUUUAAAAAAGCUUUCAUUCGCCAUUACAUCAAAGUCUGAGAAACACUCAACUGCAAAAUAGACGGGAAAAUCAGUCUCAGUAGUGUGGCUGAAUGUUUCACAUGUUUUUAAAUGUGUGAAACAUUUUUUACGUAAUAGCGAUUAAAAUAGUAUUAUUUUCUGUUUGAACAAUUUUUGACAAGGCUAUCUGCUUCCUCAUUACUUGAUAUACCCUGGUGGCGGAGCAGCUAGUGACUUUAGAAUGUGAUCACACUCCCACGCUAGCCAGGUCGUACCCCCUCAUUACCUUUCAGGGCCGCUUGACUAUCGGAGAGAAUGUAAGUGGUCUGUUUAACGAGGUUUUCAUCCAAACAAUUCUGAGAACAUGUGUAUUGGUAGCAGCUGUACCUGAAAAGUGGCGAACUUUCAUUUUGGGCCAAAAAUAUAACUCCUUGCGCUCGAUCCCCACCAACUGUAUUCUACAGAGAUGCAUUUCAAGUUUGCAGAAAAUUUUUACGAGCCAAUGAUGGACGGUCAUUUAUUACCACUUCGAAUAGACAUCAAUAUCUUCUUAUGCUAUGCAUUUGGUUUAUUUGUGUAUAAACAGAGAGAAGCUUAUUUUAUCCUUACAACCUCAAAUUCAGUUCAUUCAAAUGAUUUGUCAAAUCGACAUAGAAUGCUAAUUUCCACAGCCAUUCACUAUUUUCUAAAUCGGCACAAAGGCGAUGCUUCUCAUUCAAAAAAAUUUCGGUCUCUGCUCGAAGUUCAAAAAAGCGCAGUAGUAUGAUAUGGCAAAUCAUUUUCUAUAAUAUCUUCAAUAAACUUGCUGGAUUAUUUAGCCCUGUGGAUCUGAUGACUGAUAUGACUGGUUUUAGAACUUGAGACAAAUCCAAACAUUUUUACCACACAUAUUUUUGACUCCAUCGGUGGUGAUAGAUUUCAAGAAAAAAAUGUUUGUCCUUGGAACAUGCUGAAAAAAUUAUUCUGGCCCGGAGGCUUCAUAGUUUGGAGACCCCUGAUCUAGAUCAAGUAAAAUAAUAUGAACAAAUAGGGCAUGAGAAUAUGUAAAACAGUUCCUAUUUUUGAUAUUAAAAAUUGUGAUUUACAAUUGGGGGGAAUUUGAUGAGUGAUCUGUUACUAUCAUUCUCUCUUCAAAAUAUCACAUCUUGAAUUUACGUUGCAACAAACUGAAAUUCAAAUCAAUGUUCGUACAUCUUUUUUCAAAGAUCAUAAAUACUUGCUUAGUCAAAAGCCAUUUUGAUAAAUACAAAGAUUGACAAAAACAUAACUUAAUAUGUGAAAAUUAUUUUAUUGUACAGGAUUGAGUUAUAAAUUGAACUUUUUCUCUCCAAAUAUAAUUUUUUACCUAAUGACCUGAGGUUUUAAAAAAUUUAUAUGCUGAGUCUCAAGUACAUCAUUAUUUGUAAUAUUUUUUUGUAUUCAACGAAUUUUUUCAGUUGGGAAGAAUGGUUUUUCUGAUUUAGCUAGUCUGUAACUAUUUUCUAUUGAUUUCUAUACAAUAUUUGAAGGCAAUUUACACCUAAAAAACCAUUUAGUUUCAUAAUGAUUAUUCAUUUUUGAGUGAAAGAAAAUUUGCUAUUAUAUGUAAUUGCUUUCUGUAAAUUAUAUUUAGGGUGUUAUUAAUAUUUUAUAGGUUAUAAUGUAAAAUUUGUAAGUAGUGGAAUUAUUUCUUAUUGACAAUAAAAUUUUAAUUAUUAAAAACGUUAUCUUCAUAUAGACUGGAAUUUCUUGAUUAUUCAAAACCAAAAACAAAUAUUACUUAUGACUCGCAAAAGUUGUGUAAUACUAAUAAUGUGAAUUUAGAAUUUUACUUUUAUCUAAUGAAACAAAAGUUUUGUUGAAAAUUUCAGAAUUACCAGCGUUAUUGAUAAAUGCUUCAAGAUACGAUUCCACUAGUGAAAUUAAAACAUUCAAAUAAAAAAAAUGUUAACCACAACUUUAGAAGAUCUAAUUUAUAUUAUUAUUGCAGACGGUCGAAAAGAUUCGUAUCAAUGUGGCUUCAAUACCAAUACUCUUCUUACACAAAUGAACCCACUGCAUUGGGAUUAGGUCUACAUGAACACUCACAAUUACAUUUUCUCGUCAUUUCCGGAUAUGAACCAGCGACCUAUGUUAUGAUAGAUGUAGAAAUUCUGAGACACAAAUUAAUUACAAAAACUGAAGCUAAACAAACCUACUUGCUUAAACAUUGGGAUUUAGACAAAAGGAAACAAAUAUUAAAAUUUUUUCAACAAAAGAAUCAUCAUAAUCCUCGAUUGGAGAUAUGAAAUUAUAUUUAUUAUUGCAAAUAGACAAGAGGGCGUUAGAAGAAGUCUGGGGUUCAGAGGAGAAGCUUGAGAGAAUAAAAAAAGUUUUAGCCAAAUCUAAGAAGUAUGAGAAGCAGUUGAAGGAACUAAGAAAAAUUAUGAGAAGCAGUUUGUACAAUAGAACUACAGCAGCCUCAUACACUCAUGAAUAUGAUAAAGAAACUUGUAAUGAAGAUGAUGAUACUUAUAGAAAAUGUCUCACUUGCUCAUAUGCCUCAAUUACACUUAAUGUAAUUGUGGGUGUUAGUUUAAGUAGUCAACAUUCCAUAAUUACUUAUUCAUAUUUUUAUAUUCACUGGUAAAAAUUAUUUAUGAGUAUUGGAAUUGGAUGACUACUACUACAUACAUUUAGUCCAGAAUUAAUGGAAAUUUAAAAAUAACUUGAAGGUAUGAAACUUUAAAAUGGGAUAAUUAUAACAGUUCUCUGGGAGAUUUAGUAUAUUUAUAUCAACAUACACUAACUUUUGGUUGGAAACUCGUCCCCAGUUACUAAUCAAUAAUGUACUUGAUUUUAAGAGGAAAUCAAGACUAUAUGUUAUGAUGUUGAUUUCAAACUAUAUAUUUAGUCCAAAUUAGCUUAUGUUGUCUGUGAUCACAACUUGUCUGACCAAUUUGUAUAUGUUACGGUUAAAACGCAUUUUUCCUUAGAACUCGUUUUUCCUACUUAAAACUAGUUAUUACUUAAUGCGUUUGUUAAAACUAGAAAUACCCAGUUAAAACUGGAAUUUACUACUGAUACAUUUGAUUUUCAGAUAAAACUAGUCGUCACAUCGAGCUGUAAUUAAAACUAGCACUAUAAAAACUAAUUUGGGAUUGAAAACAAGAUAUAUUUUUAAACAUAUUUAUUGAAAAGAUCUUAGACACUGAGAACCAAAUAAUAAUCUAACACUAAGGGAACAUUGACUUUAAUUAGUUGCCAAGAUAACAAUAUUAAUUAUAAGUAUAUAUAUAAAAUAAUCCAAUAAACACAACCAUAAAAUUUCAAAAAGAAAAA